AUGGAAGACGACAACAAGAGUACCAGCAAGGGUAACAACGAACGUCCAUAUUCACUGACAAGAACUUUAAGUGAGACUUUAUUUGGAGGCUUUCGCAGACACAAGAGAUUAAGAGACGAAGGUGAGGACGAAAACGCCAACGGAAACGUGAGCCAAGAGUCUAGGUCUGUCUCUGUUCCAAUCAGUGAGGAUUCAGAUGAACCAAGUCACAAAAGAGUCAAGCACAAUACCGUCGAGGAGGAAAAAGUCCAGAGAGAAAGGGAAGAGUCGUUCAUCAAGAAGGAAAAGGAGUAUGAUUCCCUUUUAAAACCUCAAGACAGGAAAUGGAGGCCAAAGGGCUAUAAACUAAAUCCACCACCAGAAGAUAGGCCAAUUCGUAUUUAUGCGGACGGGGUUUUCGAUUUGUUCCACCUGGGCCACAUGAGACAGUUGGAGCAAUGUAAGAAAGCGUUUCCAAAUGUCGAGCUAGUUAUUGGUAUUCCAAAUGACGAGGAAACUCACAAACGGAAAGGAUUGACUGUCCUAACCGACAAACAAAGGUAUGAAACUGUUAGACAUUGUAAGUGGGUUGAUGAGGUCAUUGAAGAUGCACCUUGGAUUUUAGAUAUGAAGUUUUUAAAAGAUCAUAAGAUAGACUACUGUGCUCAUGAUGAUCUACCUUAUGUGGCCGAUGGUAUUGACGACAUCUAUAAACCAAUGAAAGAGGCAGGGAUGUUUGUUGCAACACAAAGAACAGAGGGUAUCUCAACCUCAGAUAUCAUAACUAAAAUUAUCAGAGACUACGAUAAGUAUCUAAUGAGAAACUUUGCUAGAGGUGCAACCAGACAAGAACUCAAUGUCUCCUGGCUAAAGAAAAACGAAUUGGAGAUGAAGAAACAUAUCAAUGAUUUCAAAUCUUCUUGGAAAGAAGCAAAUGAUAAUAUUAAACACACAACCAAAGACCUAUAUGUAUUAGUUAGAGAGUCAUUAAUCAAAAAUGGUAAAACAAUUCCAGGUAAAUCCCCUGCUGACAGGUUUGCCUCGAAAUAUAAUGCCAAUGGGUUGAGUAGAUCCGAUUCGAAGAAAUCUUUAAUCAAUAAUUUCAUGGAUUGGGUUGGUUUACAAUCAGAAGCAGAUUCAACCGAUGAAGUUGAUACUCCUAUUUCAUCUCGUUCAACAACUCCAAAACCUUCUAAGGCUAUAAAUCUGACGGUGAAAGAUGAACCCCAAACUCCGACGAAUAGGAAAGUAAGAGCUAUUAGAACCCCAAGGAAGCUAUCCAAUAAAACAUCUGCUUCUAACACACCAAAGAAAACUCCCAAAAAAACACCAAGGAAGGGCACAAACAAAACUACGUGA